AUGUCGGUAGCUCUAGAUUUAGAAUUGAAAAAAGCCUUUGGUGAGCUUCAAAUUAAAAUGUUGGAAACGAGUAAAAAGAUCCAGGUAAUCGAUAGCCAACUUGAUGUCCUGAAACAAAUAAAACGACAUGUUGAGAUGCAAGCAGGGACCCUGCCAUCUGACACCAUUACGUACGAAUCGGUUGGAAGAAUGUUCCUUCUAACAGACGUCGAAGAAAUCAAACAGAACCUCGAGAACAAAAUCAAUCAAUUGUGUACUCGAACCACUGAACUCGAAGAAAGUAAAAACUGUUUGGAGACUAAUUUAAAAGAGAGCCAGGACAAAAUAAGGGAAAUGGUACAACAACGCAAAGAGCAGAGUUAG